AGAGUUUCAGACCUGUUCACAGAGGAGGGACGAACCAGAGAAGAAGAAGAAGAAGAAGAAGAAGAAGAAGAAGAAGAAGAAGAAGAAGAAGAAGAAGAAGAAGAAGAAGAAGAAGAAGAAGAAGAAGAAGAAGAAGAAGAAGAAGAAGAAGAAGAAGAAGAAGAAGAAGAAGCACCUGUGAGGAGAGAGGGAUAAACUCUUCCUGAGAGACUGGAGAUAAGUGAUUAAAGGAGACCAGAAGAGUCCUUCAGAUCUGAACCUGUGAUCAAUCUGCAGUAUGAUCCUCCUGCUCCUCCUGGCCCUGAGUGCUCUCCUGUUGGGGGCCGACUCUCAGGACCGAGCCGCUCUGUGGAGAGGGAAUGACCGAGCUGGGCGCUGCCAGUACACCUUCACCGUGCCCAGCCCCACAGAGACCAGCUGCCCACAGACCGGGGGCCCCGAGCUGGAGGGCCUGAAGGCCAGACUCAGCCUGCUGGAGGUGCUGGUGGCCCGGCUGAGUGGAGGUGACACUGGGGCUCCGGUCAGGGGGGCCGGAUCCAGAGGUCAGUCUGAGCUGCAGGAGGCUCUGAGCCAGGCUGUAGGGGAGAGGAACCUUCUGCAGGGGGAGAAGCAGCGUCUGGAGCAGGAGGUGCAGGGGAUGCAGAGGAGGAUGGAGGACAUGAGGAGGGAGACGGAGAGGCUGAGGAACAGACCCUGUCCCCCCCAAACCCCCAUAGUCCCACCAAGCUCACCUCUGCAGGGCGCUGGCCCAGUGAGACCUGCUCAAGGUUCCAGUCCCAUGUCUCACCUGAUGUCCAGGACCAACAGACAGGGGGACAGCAGCAGUCUAAGAGACUCGGCGUGGCAGUUAGGAUCUCCGAGUUUCCAGGAGCUGAAGGCUGAGGUGACGGAGGUUCCUGCUCCUGACGGCUCUGUGGACUUCACAGGUUGUGGAGAUUUGGUUUCAGUCGGUGAGCCCGUCACUCACAAGAAGGCCGACAACAUAGAGGGCAAAUAUGGAGUUUGGAUGCAGGAUCCCGAGGGGGUCUCUCCUUAUGGGUCCAACAUGAUCUGGAGGAUCGACACCGUGGGCUCUGAUGUCAGGAGGCUGUUUGGAUACGAUGACAUGGACCAGUUCACCAAAGGGUUCCCCUCAAAGGUGCUGCUGUUGCCGGAACAAGUGGAGAGCACAGGUGCGACUCUGUACCGAGGCUCUCUGUACUAUCAGAGGCGUCGCAGCCGGACCCUGAUGCGGUACGACCUGGGCUCUGAGAGCACCGCGGCCCGCCGUGAUCUCCCCCACGCCGGCUUCCAUGGACAGUUCCCCUACUCCUGGGGGGGCUACACGGACAUCGACCUGUCGGUGGACGAGCAGGGCCUGUGGGCCAUCUACUCCACCAACAAAGCCAAAGGAGCCAUCGUGAUCUCACAGCUUGACCCGCACAGUCUGCAGGUGAAGAAGAGCUGGGAGACCCAGAUCAGGAAGAACUCUGUGGCCAACUCCUUCAUCAUCUGUGGGAAGCUGUACACGGUGGCCAGCUACACAGCGCCCAACACCAUCAUCAACUACAUGUACGACACUGAAACCAGCCAGGGGAAGUCCGUGUCCAUCCCCUUCAAGAACAAGCAUCACUACAACAGCAUGAUCGACUACAACCUGGCCCAGAGGAAGCUGGUCGCCUGGGACAACUUCCACAUGGUGUCCUACGACAUCAGGCUUGGCCGCCCGCAGCCAAACUAACGCCAUCAUCAGUGACUGUCGGACAGUGAGCUCACUGUUCCUGCUUCAGAGACUCAACGCUUUAGAGCAUGUGUGGUAGAAGUUAAAUAAACUAACACCUUCAGUAUCAACUCAUCCACUGUAUACAAAGAUGGACGGCACAUCUUUAUUCCCUCCCACUGUUCAAAAGUGAAGCCAAAGGAAGCCAAACCCAAAAAGACAUCUUACAUGGUUCAUGUGUUUGGAGCCAGAGUCUGUGCUGUACUGGAGCUGCAGCACUGAUGCCCCGUCCCCUUCAUCUAACCACAUCCACCGUGGGUCCAGUCCUCAGGUGGGUCCAGUCCACAGCGUCAGCUUCUUGUGUGGGUUUGAAGCAGACCCCCACGGUUAUGGUGCGUUCAAUGACUCUUGUGUUAGUUUUUGUUACGUUUCCUCUCACCGUUCCUCUUCUACUCUGAUAAUCCGGAGCACACAGCGCUGCAGGAGCCUCAUUGGUCAACACAGCUGUCAAUCAUGGCCUUAAUAUGGAGGAGGGUUUGGGCCACUGAUUAUUUUUAAGUCCUGAAUUCACUCAGAAUUCUGUCUUUCAGAUCAAAGACAACAUUCUAGAAUUCUGUCUUUAAGAUCAAAGACGACAUUCUAGAAUUCUGUCUUUAGGAUCAAAGACGUUCUAGAAUUCUGUCUUUGAUGUCAGAAUUCCGAGAGAAAAGUCAACAUUCUGAAGAAGAGUCAGAUCUAAACUGAUCCUGCUUUAUUCCUCUUUUUAUUUCAUCAGUAAUAAUUCAAAGUAAACAGAAACAUGAACACUGAGACAUAAAUCAGUAUGAUAAAAACUUACUAUAAUGACAGAAACCAUGUUUGACAAACAUGUAUUCACCCUGUGUUUGAUUUUACACUUUGACCCAUGUCCCAUCUGUUAACAUGGAGGAGGUGGGGCUUGUGACCUAUACCAUAGACAGUCAGCAGGGGGGGUCUGAAUGUGUUGGCUUCACUUCUGUGGAGCUGUGGUGUUGUCCAUGUUUUUAUAUAGUCUAUGAUAAACAGGUAGAAGAAGGAAGACUGAGCUACCAAACUCCAGAUGAGACAUAUAAGGAACAGCGCCCCCUGCAGGUCUGCUUUUCUUUCUUCAGUGGGAGGGGCUUUUAUUGUGGCGAGGUCCACAAAAAUGUUUUUCAGAGGAAUUAUUUUUGUACCGCCUUUAACUCAGAUGUAUGAUUUUGUUGUGAAGCUUUAUAUAUAUACAUGAUGUCUGAAUGAUGAUUUGAACUUUAUAAGCUAAGUGGGAUAAUUAAUGGAUCUACAGCACGGUCUCCUGAGGUGCUGCACCCUGCAGUCAACAUCUCUAUGAACUCCUCUCACUCAGCAUGUGCUGAAUAUCGCAUGUUCUUGUACUCUGUAGACGACAUAAAUGUGUAAUGUUCAAAACUGUUAUCGAAUAAAGUUUAAUAUUAA